GCGCAACGGCUUCCGACGCUACUUGCUGAAGCGCUGGCUGCUGCGGUUUGGUGCGGAGAGGGUUCGGAGCAGCACACAACUUAUUUAUUUUCCAAUUCAGACGUGGCAUCCCUGCUCUUUCCUGCAUUGUUAGUUUUUCUUUCUUCAUUGUCCGCAAACAACCCAUCUUAACCUCACCAUGGCAAACAAGGAGGAGAAACCAGAAGGGAAAAAUUCGAGUUGGAAAGAUUUUAUCUACAACCCACGAACCAGGGAAUUCCUUGGGCGCACUGCAAGUAGUUGGGCACUCAUCUUUCUCUUCUACGUGGUCUUCUAUGGCUUUCUGGCUGGGAUGUUCUCUCUGACCAUGUGGGUGAUGCUACAGACGCUGGAUGACUACACUCCCAGGUACAGGGACCGAGUGGCCAACCCAGGUUUGACGAUCAGGCCUAGGUUCCUGGAAAUCACGGUAAACCGCUCCAGCCCACAGCAGUACAGCGAGUAUGUCCAGAGCUUGGAGGACUUCCUGCAGGAGUACAAUGACACUGUGCAGGAGCAGAACGAGCUGUGUCAUGUGGGCGACUACUUCCUGCAAAACAAUGGUGAUGAGGUAAAGAAGGUCUGCUCAUUCAAGCGGAGCCAGCUGCGCCAGUGCUCUGGCCUGGCGGACACCACCUUUGGCUACGCUGAAGGCCAGCCCUGCGUCCUCCUCAAGAUGAACCGGGUUAUUGGGCUGAUGCCACGAGGAGAACCAUACAUCAACUGCACAGCCAAGAGAGACACCCCUCUGCAGAUGCAGUAUUUCCCUGGUGAAGGCCAAUUUGACAAGAUGUACUUCCCUUACUAUGGCAAGAAGGCACAUCCCAACUAUGUGCAACCACUGGUGGCCGUGAAGUUGCUGCUGAGUGAACAGGACUACAACGUGGCGCUGAUGGUGGAGUGCAAAGUGGAGGGCUCAGACCUGCGCAACAACGAUGAGCGUGACAAGUUCAUGGGCCGCGUGGCCUUCCGUAUCCUCGUGACCAAGUAGCCCUGGCCGGACGCCGGAGCUGCACGAUGUCCGCCCACUCGCACCACCUGAGUCUCGACCCCUCCUCUCAUUGCCUGCACUCGCUCGAGGCACUCCACGCAUCUCCCAUGUCCACGUGGCCUCCAGUACCACAAGGGAGCCUGACAUUCAUCAUUUUGUACUGUACUCUGUAGGGGGGUUCAGAGUGGAGCUACUCAUAAGGUCAUGUGUGCUAGGCCACAUUAGCUAGGUCUUAACUUGACACCCUGUUCCCAACUACCCACAGACUCCUUCAGGGGGGAGGGGGGUGUUUGGGGAUUACAAGUAAAUGCACCUUCAACCUCCUCCAAGCCAUCUCCGUAAGAGACGAAGCUAGUGACAUCGUGCAGUAAGCAGGGACCUGUAAAUAGAUGUCAGAACAUCAAGUUGGUGUCUGUUCCUCUCCUAUAGUGUUGUGCAGCCUGCUGUGUGGGAGUGUGUGUAUGUACAUGUGCACAGGCACGUAUGUUUGUGUGCGCGCAUGCAUGUUUGUGGGUAUGCACGUGUGCCAUGAUGUGAAGUCUCUCUGUACAUAUUUAAUGGAUUAAGACACUUGUUUUUGUUAUCACUUCCACUACGUCUGACC